GGUUCGUUUGGGCACACGGAAGAGCUACCGGAAUGAGAAGAGCUCUUCCAAAGUGUUCGAUUGAGCGUCUUCUAUUUUUAGAAGCUCUUCCAUCUCUUCCACUCGAUAUUUGGAAGAGCCAGAAGAGAUUUGAAUCACGUGAUAAAAAGAGGAUGGCCGACAAGGAGAUUACAUUCUUGGUCUACAUCGAUGGUGUUCAGCACCAGAUUACAGCAGACCAAUCACUUGUGGAAGUCUUGAAUUCAAAUGAUCCUCUCACAAGACACCAUGCUUAUGAAUAUGUGGCCACUCUGCUAAAGAAAGGAAACCAGUGUACAUUGACCAAAGAUUCGUCAGGUGUCAGUUGUGGUAUUGGUGAGCCAGCACCUAUGUCUGUGGCUUCGCAGAAGGAAUUAGGAAACCAGUGUACAUUGACCAAAGAUUCGUCAGGUGUCAGUUGUGGUAUUGGUGAGCCAGCACCUAUGUCUGUGGCUUCGCAGAAGGAAUUAGGAAACUCGAGUACAGGGGCUCAAGAUUUCUCAUUAGGUGCAAGUGCUGUUCCGGUGCCUGAGCCUCAGACUUCACAGGUGGAACAAGAGCCACUGUCUGAGAAAGGAAGCCCGGAAACUGAGAAUUUUUCAAGUUCUUGGACGAGAUCGCAAAGUAAACUUUUGACAGAGCUGUACAAACAAAACCAUGAUAAAUUUCAGAAUCCUGUAAUAAAAAAGAGAACUUUGUGGGAGCAAAUUACGAAGGAUAAACAGCAAGGGCUAUAGUUAUACAACGAAACAAGUCGAGGGAAGAUGGAAAACACUGCUAUCAGCUUAUAGAAGGGUAAAAGAUCACAACAAUACCUCUGGAAGACAAAGAAAGACAUUUGAAUUUGAAGAAGC